AGUUACGUUGCAGAGUUCGUCGAGUGAUCAUCUUAAAAAAAUAUUUUGAGAAGUGCAAGUGCCUUGUGUGUUGAGUUUGCUGUGAAGAAGAAAACAUAAAAAGAUAUUCGAGGAAAAAAAAUAAGAAAUACAAAGUGAGAAAAAAAAAUAAGGCAAGAAAGCAAAAUCAAGUGACUCAGUACGCGAAAAGUUCAAGCCAUUUAUGGUGAUGUGUUAGCUCUGAAAGUCAAAUUUGAAUUAAAAUUGUGUGAUCGCCUGGAAAAAUCAUUAAAAUCAUAAGAUUUAAUUGUGAAGUAAUAAACAUAAAAUUGAAUCAAUAACGGGAAUUUUGAUCGAAUCAAAAUGGUCAUAAGCAAGACAAAAUCGGGUAAAAAAGAUUUAAAAUCGAGCGAGAAAAAUGUUUCGCAGACGAUCGCGUCAUCGGGCGUUGUAUCAAGCUCAUCAACAAGUUCAAUGAUUACGAGCGGUGGUCAACCGAAGUCUGACACUGUAGUCAUAACAACUCAUCAACAACCAAUCAGAGAAGAAAUGGUCGUUCAAAAAUCUUCUUCUUCGAACAUGGUAACCAAGUCAUCAUCAUCGACAAAGGUUUCAUCUUCGAAAUCAUCAGCACAGGAGAAGAACUUCUAUUCAACAUCAUCCAGCAGCACUUCUAAAGCUUCAAAAUCAAGUAAGAUGCACCAGAUGCAAUCUCAUUCUGAUGCUUUUUUACAUGGGGAACGAUCCAUGUACGAUAUUGAUGCAAAAAGAAUUAAGUACGAUUCAAAUGUUCUUGAAUCUGCUGAUUUGCAGAAUGUCUCAAAAGAUUACGAAAUGAUGUCAAAUUUGGAUAAUUUGGUGUCAGUUGAAAUUGAGUCUAAAGAUGCACGUGCCAACAGUUCCACGAGCAAUGAAAUGGUUACCAAUACAUUUUCAAAAGGCAGCAGCUAUGGAAAUAGAAAUGAUGUAAUCACUGUUGAGAGUGGAAGGAAAAGCGGAGAGACAACAACAUCAACUGCAAUGAGUGGCGAGGUCAUAGAAUUGCCGUCUGUAAUUCAAGGGUCUUCUUCGACUGCUACUUCAUCGGCAAUGUCUCAAGAAUUCUUUUCAUCAUCGGCAAUGGAAUCGUCCGAGGUCGGUAAACGGGAAAUGAAAUCGUCGGCUUCUAAAAACGUCGCUUCGUCAAAGUUUAUUAAAGAUGGUCACGUUAUAGACAAUAAAAAUGUCGCAGACACGACAACAACAUUUACUUCAAAAGUUUAUGAUGACAAAACUAAAUCUUGGGUGGUUGUUGAACAGGCAUCAGUUAAUGAAACUGACAUCAUGAUGCCGACAACCAUUUCUAAUACAACAACAUCAAUUGAUCACAAUGCUUCGUCAUCAAAUAAUAACUUCAACACAGUGACAAAUUCGUCUACAUCUGGAAUUAAUUCUUCAAAUAUGGUAAUUGAUUCAAUGAAUACGAAUACUAACAGUAAACUGAUGAAAUCCGAUGUGCAAAUGAGCUCAAAGUCAUCAAAGGAAGUUCUCGAGAAGCAUGUCAGUAAUAAAAAAGAGUCUAGUCGUGAUGAAAAAAUUGUGACAACUUCAUCAAACGAAACUGUGCAAGUUUUUGAUAAUAAAACAAAAACUUGGAAAAAUGUUGAUGCAAGCAGUAUAGAUCGUCAGAAGCGACCUUCAUAUGUUCGCUACCGAAGUCAAAAUGCCGAUGGAUCAUGGCAUACGAUUUAUAAGCGUAAGUUGUAUGAUCAGUUCACUAAGCAAUGGCGCAUUGUCGACGAAAAAGUUGUCAACAGUAAUGACACUGUAACAACAGACAUUCCCCAUAUGAUUGAUAAUGCAACCAAUCUAACGACAACAACCUACACAACUAAAGUGUAUGAUACAAGGACCGGUAAAUGGACAAUUGUUGAUGAAAAAUCUUAUGUCGAUACUGAACAGGUUAACGUAACCCAAGACAUUAAACGUGAAAUUGAAAAUGACCAAGCUGAUCUUGCUAAUGUUAUCACCACAACGGAAACUACAAAGAUUUUCGAUGCCAGCACAAAUAAGUGGAAAUUGGUUGAUGAGAAACAGCACACUGAUGUCUAUGAAAAAAUUAUUGAGGGCCCGAUCGAAGAAGAUUUACUUUAUAGACGAAACAUAACUGACGAAACGAAUAUCAUCAAUAACUUGGAACGAAAUUUGUUGCAAGAAAAGUUAGAUGAAAGACAUACUAAGACAACGGAUUCUGUCGAUUACAUUCGAAGUGACCAUCUAAUUGACGAAAGUAUUUCAUCGUCAGAUUUGGUAAACCAGGUGGUUAUAAAGGAAGAUGUUCGAUCAAGGAAAGAUAAGAAAAAAGUCGACAAAUUCUAUAGCGAAACUUCGACUCAUAAAGAGCAGUGUAUUUGUGAGAUGUGCACUUGUGGGAGACAUCGCUGUCCACAUGAAGAACCCGAACAUUUAACAAUAGAAGGUGACUUCUACACACCAGAAAAAGAUUCUUAUAAGCCAGCAGAAAAACAAAAACCAUUCAAACCUCAGGACAAUUUGAUUGUUGAAGGAACUUUUGAGGGAAAACGAACUGACGAUUAUAAAGUUUACAAAGCAGAGCGUUCAACUAUUGUGCGUCAUGAAGACAAUCUUAAAGUAACUGGAGGUGAAUUUUAUAGCUCGACUACAACUAGAGCAGAUUACCAAAGGGAAACAGAUGAAGAUCAUCCAAUAAGACGUAACACUUAUACAAAAGAAGAUACAGAAGAGACAACUAUUCGAAGAAGAACUUGGACAAAAGAAGAACUUGAAGAAGUCAGAUUGAAAGCUCAAGAAACUGACAAACCGAAAUACAAAGCGAUAGACAGACCACAGCAAGUGAAACCAACUGACAACCUCAAACCAGAAGGAGAAUUUUAUAGUCCAACAAAAGGAGAAUUUAUUCCAGCUGAUAGACCUCAACAGGUUCGUCCUGCUGACAACCUUAAGCCAGAAGGAGAUUUCGUUCGAGAUCGCAAACCAGAAUACCGCCCAGGUGAACGUCCACAACAAGUGAAACCAGCUGAUAAUCUCAAGCCAGAAGGAGAAUUUUAUAGUCCGACAAAAGGAGAAUUUGUCCCAGCUGAUAGACCUCAACAGGUCCGUCCUACUGACAAUCUCAAGCCAGAAGGAGAUUUCGUUCGAGAUCGCAAACCAGAGUAUCGUCCUGCUGAACGCCCACAACAAGUGAAACCAGCUGAUAAUCUCAAGCCAGAAGGAGAAUUUUAUAGUCCGACAAAAGGAGAAUUUGUCCCAGCUGAUAGACCUCAACAGGUCCGUCCUACUGACAAUCUCAAGCCUGAAGGAGAUUUCGUUCGAGAUCGCAAACCAGAAUAUCGUCCUGCUGAACGUCCACAACAAGUGAAACUAACUGACAACUUGAAAACUGAUGGUCAAUUCUACACUCCAACAAAGGAACAAUUUGUUCCUGCUGAUCGUAGAGUUCCUGUCAAACAUGACGACAAUUUGAGACCUGAAGGAGAGUUCUAUACUCCAACAAAGGAACAAUAUGUUCCAGCUGAUAGACCUCAACAGGUCCGUCCGACUGACAAUCUCAAGCCAGAAGGAGAUUUCGUUCGAGAUCGCAAACCAGAAUAUCGUCCAGCUGAACGUCCACAACAAGUGAAACCAACUGACAACUUGAAAACUGAUGGUCAAUUCUACACUCCAACAAAGGAACAAUUUGUUCCUGCUGAUCGUAGAGUUCCUGUCAAACAUGACGACAAUUUGAGACCUGAAGGAGAGUUCUAUACUCCAACAAAGGAACAAUAUGUUCCAGCUGAUAGACCUCAACAGGUCCGUCCUACUGACAAUCUCAAGCCAGAAGGAGAUUUCGUUCGAGAUCGCAAACCAGAAUAUCGUCCAGCUGAACGUCCACAACAAGUGAAACCAACUGACAACUUGAAAACUGAUGGUCAAUUCUACACUCCAACAAAGGAACAAUUUGUUCCUGCUGAUCGUAGAGUUCCUGUCAAACAUGACGACAAUUUGAGACCUGAAGGAGAGUUCUAUACUCCAACAAAGGAACAAUAUGUUCCAGCUGAUAGACCUCAACAGGUUCGUCCUACUGACAAUCUCAAGCCAGAAGGAGAUUUCGUUCGUGAUCGCAAACCAGAGUAUCGUCCAGCCGAACGUGCUCAACAAGUUCGACCUACAGAUAAUUUGAAACCAGAAGGAGAUUUCCAGAGAGCAGAAAAACCACAGUUCAAACCAGCUGAGAAGGUCACUCCCAAGAGACCUACUGACAACCUUCGUCCUGAGGGAGAUUUCCAAAAACCUGAGAAACCAGAAUAUAGACAGGCCGAGAAGGUUACACAAAUUCGUCAUGAAGAUAAUUUGAAAAUGGAAGGAACUUUCUAUUCUCCUGAGAAACCACAAUUCCAAAGUGCUGAGAGACCUGUUGCAAAGAGACCAACAGAUAAUUUGAAACCCGAAGGAGAUUUCCAGAGAGCAGAAAAACCACAGUUCAAACCAGCUGAGAAGGUCACUCCCAAGAGACCUACUGACAACCUUCGUCCUGAGGGAGAUUUCCAAAAACCUGAGAAACCAGAAUAUAGACAGGCCGAGAAGGUUACACAAAUUCGUCAUGAAGAUAAUUUGAAAAUGGAAGGAACUUUCUAUUCUCCUGAGAAACCACAAUUCCAAAGUGCUGAGAGACCUGUUGCGAAGAAGCCAACAGAUAAUUUGAAACCCGAAGGAGAUUUCCAGAGAGCAGAAAAACCGCAGUUCAAACCGGCUGAAAAGGUCACUUCCAAAAAGCCUACUGAUAAUCUUAAAGUAGAAGGAGAAUUCCACAAACGCCCAGAAAAUCAAUAUUCUCCUGGUGAACGUCCAGUUGCGAAAAAGCCGAAAGAUAAUUUGCAUGUAGAAGGAGACUUCCAGAGAGUUGAGAAGCCACAGUUUAAACCUGCAGAAAAAGUUACUGCUAAAAAGCCUAUUGACAAUCUUAAAGUAGAAGGGGACUUCCAGUCACCGGAAAAACCACAAUUCAAGCCAGCUGAGAGGGUAACACAAAUUCGUCACGAAGAUAACUUAAAGAUAGAAGGAGAAUUCGAGAAAAGGCAAACAACUCAAUAUAGACCCGGUGAUCGACCAACUGCCAAAAAACCUCUUGACAACCUUAAACCUGAGGGAGAUUUCUAUACACCAGAUAAGAAACAAUUUUCUCCUGGAGAGCGACCGGUUGCUAAGAAACCUUCUGAUAAUUUGAAAAUGGAAGGUUCCAUGACAGUGACGAAGAGAAAUGAAUACGGGCAAAACGUUGAAACUGCUAAGACUACUCACGUUAGAGACAAGCACACUUCCACUGUUAAAUCUUCAAUUGUAUUAGGAGAAGAUCAAUCGAUUAUGAAAUCAACUAAUCAAAUGAACUACAAUAAAGUAGUCACUGCUCAAAAAGACAACGUUGUUGUUGAGAAAGCUCCAAUUAAAGAUAACGAAAUGAGAAGAGAUGGAGCAAUAAUGAUAACAACGAAAAAGGUUACAACCGUUCUGGCUAACCAAGCAAAGAAUAAAGAGAAUCGAGUUGGAGGGCGUAAAAAUGUUUCUAGCAUUUCAUUUGAUGAUCAAAAUAUUAGCAUAAAUCGUCAAAGUAAGGUUAAUGUUGUUAACAAUGUAAAAGAAAAUACAGUGAUAAAAGAAGGUUCCAUUGCUACUCAUUCAUCCGAAAGAGUUGUGAAUGGAGUGACAACUUCUGCUGUUGUGAAUGGACAAACAAGACAAUCUGUUGAUUCAACUACUCGAAGUGGUGUUAACCAGCAGACAGUUGAUUCUUCGAAAUCUUCAACAGAAAGGAGUUCUACUUCAAAGACUCAAACUUCGAGUCAUCAAAUUCAAAAUUCUUCUUCGACAUCAUCUCAUCAUCAAAUUCACGAAAAAUCAUCCAUAAAUCAAAGUGGAAUAACUUCCAACAUUAGUCACACUGAUGGAAUUGAUAGAACUUCAACAUCACAAACAUUAGGCGGCUCAUCUCAACAUCAUCGCAAAAAUGUAAUCAGCGAAUCUUCUGAGCAGAUGUCAAAUGCUAUUUUAACUCGUAAAUCUACAGAUCGAAAUAAUGAAAUCGCAUAUUCUAAAGGUUUGAGUACUACUGGCGCACAACAAAGGAAAAGCAUUAGCAAUUUGCAUGAACAAUCUCAGUUCUCUACUAAUGUAGGAACAGAUAGAAAGAGUUUAAGUUAUAUUCAUCGUACAGGUGGUGGAAGUGGCGAAUAUUAUCAUACAUCAGAAUGCCAGAUGCAUCCUACACAACAAAGAUCAUCUAUGGAAACAACAUCACAUCAAACUUACAGAAAUACUGGGCAAGAUGGUGGUUAUGGAAACACACAAGAAUUACGAAACUACGAUAAAUCUAGUGGUCGUAACAUUACAUCCACAUCAAAGACAUCGUCAUCACAAGUGUCAAAAUCUCAUCAUUCUGAAAUGCAUCAACAACAUUUGUCAUCUAGUUCAUCUACUUCGAGAAAUAUUUCUCAAAGCACUGGAGGAUCAAACACACAUAUAAUGUCGUCUGAUCAUCGCUCAAUUUCUUCAGGUGGUGGUGGAGUGUUAGGUGGAAAUGGAACUGGUGGAAACUCAUAUUCAACAUCAACCACUUCCCGUAUAACAUCAACUCCAACUGCUGGUGCCACAUCUAUUCAACUUGCUAAUCAAAAUCGUUCCGAAUAUCGCAUUUCUUCAGGUGGUGGAGGUGUCGUAAGUGGUCGUGGAAGCGGUGGAAGCUCACAAGAUUCAAAAUCUCAUCAUGCUGAAAUGCAUCAACAACACAUGUCAUCUACUUCAUCCACUUCAAGGAAUGUAUCUCAAUCGACUGGUGGAACAAAUUCACAUACUGAAUAUCGCACAGCGUCUUCAAGUGGUGGAGGCGUAUUAGGUGGAAGUGGAACUGGUGGAAACUCAUUUUCAACAACUACUUCACGUGCUACAUCGACUCCAAUUGCUGGUGCUUCAUCAAUUCAACUUGCUGCAAAUCAAAAUCGUUCAGUUAGACGACAUCAAGCAACAUCAUCUUCGAUAGUAUUUGGCGGAUAUGAGGGAUCAAAUAAUGCGCAACGUUUUUCUUCGACAUCACGUUCUGAAUACGUUAAAGACUCAUUCAAACCAUGUCCAGCAAGUCACAUUGACAAGAAUCAUAUGAAACAAACUAGACAGACAAAGUCUCAUCAAUUCUUCUUACGAGAAGAAUGA